AUGGCUGACGGUGGUGGAUGGAGCACGAUUGAGUCCGAUGAGGGCGUCUUCACAUCCCUCAUCGAGAACCUAGGCGUCAAAGGCGCUCAAUUCGAAGAACUCAUCUCCCUAGAUGCGGAUACCAUUCGUUCAUUGAGCCCCGUCUACGGCGUAAUCUUCCUCUUCAAAUGGCUCCGUGAAACCACCACCCCCGCAACCCCCACAGCCCCCCAAGACGGCACCUACACAACAACCCCACCCGAAAACCUCUUCUUUGCCGCCCAAACCAUCCAAAACGCCUGCGGCACCCAAGCCAUCCUCUCCAUCAUCCUUAACCAAGACACCCCCGCCCCGCACAACAACCAACUUCCGAUAAACAUCGGCCCGGAGCUACAAUCCUUCAAGGACUUCACGACCGGCUUCCCGGCCGACCUCCGCGGCGAAGCACUCUCGAACUCCGAGGCCAUUCGCACCGCGCACAACGCGUUCGCAAAGGCAUCGCCGUUCGUCGACGAGACGGCCAGACCGCAGGACGAGGAGGAAGGCGGGGAUGUGUAUCAUUUCAUUGCGUACACGCCUGUAGACGGGGUGUUGUAUGAGCUUGACGGGUUGCAGCCGUAUCCGAUCAGCCACGGCGAGUGCGGUGGUGAUACAUUCCCCGAGAAGGUGAUCGAGGUGUUGCAGAGGCGGAUUGCGAGGUAUCCCGAGGGGGAGACGAGGUUCAAUCUUAUGGCUGUUACGCGGGAUUUGCGGAUGCAGGCGCAGGAGACGGGGGAUGCGGAGUUGAUGGAGCGAGAGGAGAGGAAGAGGCGGGGAUGGGCUUGGGAGAAUACAUUGAGAAGGUCGAAUUUUGUGGGGUUCAUUGGGGAGGUGCUUAAGGGGGUUGUUGGGACGAAGGAGGCGCAGGGGCCGGAGGCGUACAAUGAGUGGGUUGAGAAGGCGAAGCUGGAUACGCAGAGGAAGUUGGCGAGGCGGUAG